AUAUCACAAUUCUGAUCAAUACACAAAUCGACAAUAAUGGUUUAAAAAUAACUUAAUUAAAUGCACUAUGUAAUAAAAUGGACGAUACAGCGGGUAAAUUGGAUGAAAAUGCGAAAAAGGUAUAUCUAAAGAUCGUUUUCUUAAAAAUAACAGAUAUAGAGACUGUAGCAGAAAACUAUGCCGCUAAUGUUUUCAUCCAGGCAAGAUGGAGAGAGAAAAAGUUGGAUGGUAAUACAAAGGAUAAAGUCAACUUUAGCGAGUACUGGAGUCCGAAGUUAGUUGUACAGAACUUAGAGAAUAGUGUUUUAAACAAUGUGUGGAAGGAAGUUACGGUUGAUAAAAAUAACGAGGCUUACAUUGUGGAAAAACGGCGGAUAAAAGGAACAUUUAAAGAAAGACAAGAAUUGCAUGAUUUCCCUUUUGACUUUCAAGAGAUAAGUGUAUCCGUAACCUCUGAACAUCCCUUAGAUGAAGUAGUUUUAUUAGAAGAUGAAAACGAGAUUAGUUCUCUAACAGUCACGUGUUUUACUGGAGACCACGAAUGGGAACUUAGAGAUUUUGUUGAAGCAGAAAUCAAAGAAAUUUCUAAAGACAUUUCAGACUUUGUUUCGGCAACGUUUCCGUUGUUAAAACUGAAGACUUUGGCUAGAAGAAAAUUUGGUUAUUUUAUAUUGAACAUACUCUUAGUAAUGACCUUUAUUAGUUGUCUCCCUUUGACGAUAUUUGCGGUAAGUCGUGAUCUGAUAGAGAACAGGAUCUUCCUGGGAUUUUUACUAAUUCUGAUUGGUGUAACGUUUAGAUUCAUCACCAAUAAAGUUCUUCCAAAGAUUUCAUAUCUAACAACACUUGAUAAAUACAUAUUGACUUGUAUGAUAUUCAUGUUCCUUUGUACCAUUUGGCAUAGUAUAUUGUCCAGAAUAGAUGACAUUGACAUACAACACACAGCUGACCUCUGGGCGUUUGUUUCUCUUGUUAUAUUAUAUGCACUUUAUCAUCUAAUAUUUAUUUCCGUUGUACUAAUAAAGUACUUAAUACGAAGAAGUUUUAUCAUGUCAAAAGAACAAUCAUAUCAGGAAAAGGCAGUAAGAUUAAUGGGUGAUGCGUGGUUGAUAUCCCACAAACACUGACAAGAAGUAAUAAGUUCACAUUAACAUUCAGAAGAGUAAAGAGUAAAUACAC